AUGUUUCUUUGUUUGGCAGAUAAUGAAGAAGAUGAUGAUGACUUUGAAGACAAACAAGAAUCUCGUAGCAACAGAAAGAGGAGUGCAGCAUCAGACAGGGACAAACCUCUACCACCUUUGUUAGCCCGGGUAAACGGUCAAAUUGAGGUGCUGGGUUUCAAUGCCCGUCAAAGAAAAGCGUUUUUGAAUGCAGGUGAAGAGAGCAGCAGUAGUAGUAGCAGCAGCAGCAGUAGUAGCAGCAGCAGCCCUGGCUCAAAAGACAAGGAAGAACCAAUGGAGACUGAUGAGCCUGUCACAAAGAAAGAGAGAGAAGGAACAGUAGAAGAGGAAAAAGAAAAAGAUGAAGACAAAGAAAAAGACACAAAGAUGGAUAUUGAUGAUGACAAAGACCUCAAAACAGAAGAAAGCGAUGAUCCAAGUGGGAAUCAAUCCCAAACGCCACCCUCACCUGUGGAUCUAAAGAAAGAAGAACAGAACCAGAAAUUCAUGUUCAACAUUGCUGAUGGAGGUUUCACUGAAUUGCACACUCUGUGGCAGAAUGAACAACGCGCUCUGCAACCAGGCAAAGAACAUGAAGUCUGGCACAGGCGCCAUGACUAUUGGCUGCUGGCCGGCAUUGUCACGUUUGCUGAGUUGGAAUGCUUGGCUGAAAGCCACCAGCAUUUGUCUAAAGAAUCUCUUGCUGGAAACAAACCUGCCAACGCAGUUUUACACAAAGUUCUCAAUCAGCUCGAAGAACUGCUCAGUGAUAUGAAGCAAGACGUGAGCCGUCUGCCUGCCACCUUGGCCCGCAUACCCCCUGUGACCCAACGCCUUCAGAUGUCUGAACGUAACAUCUUGAACCGGCUGGUGAACCCUGGUCAGACGACCACGUCAGCACCUCCAUCAGCUCCACCUACCAUGCCACCUCAGCAGAGUCCUGCUGCUACACCAACUCCCACAUCUGCUGUUUCGGCCCAGUCGUCACCACAGGCCUCUCCUUUCAUGAACACUUCCAACUUCUCGUCUCCAUACCCGACCAGCGUCCCUACCUACCGACCACAGUAUGGUAUGCCACCUCAGGCCCCCUUUGACCAGCCUCACCCUUUUCUAUCCACAAGUGACCAUUUCUCGUGGCCACACGUUAAGCCCGACCAACUCCCCAGGACGCCAGGCAUUGACUCCUUCCUCAAAUCACAAAAACAGCAAGUGCUCCCCCCCCCCCAUAUUGUCUCUGCAUGCAACUCUCCUCUAGGCUUCACUAACCAUCUGACUUUCUUCUCUGUCCCUUUCCUCUUCUUCUCUGUCCCUUUCCUCUUCUUCUCUGUCCCUUUCCUCUUCUUCUCUGUCCCUUUCCUCUUCUUCUCUGUCCCUUUCCUCUUCUUCUCUGUCCCUUUCCUCUUCUUCUCUGUCCCUUUCCUCUUCUUCUCUGUCCCUUUCCUUCUCUGUCCCUUUCCUCUUCUUCUCUGUCCCUUCUCCUCUGUCCCUGUCCCCUUUCCUCUUCUUCUCUGUCCCUUUCCUCUUCUUCUCUGUCCCUUUCCUCUUCUUCUCUGUCCCUUUCCUCUUCUUCUCUGUCCCUUUCCUCUUCUUCUCUGUCCCUUUCCUCUUCUUCUCUGUCCCUUUCCUCUUCUUCUCUGUCCCUUUCCUCUUCUUCUCUGUCCUUUCCUCUUCUCUGUCCUUUCCUCUUCUUCUCUGUCCUUUCCUUUCUUCUCUGUCCCUUUCUCUUCUUCUCUGUCCCUCUUCUUCUCUGUCCCUUUCCUCUUCUCUGUCCCUUUCCUCUUCUUCUCUGUCCCUUUCCUCUUCUUCUCUGUCCCUUUCCUCUUCUUCUCUGUCCCUUUCCUCUUCUUCUCUGUCCCUUUCCUCCUCUUCUCUGUCCCUUUCCUCCUCUUCUCUGUCCCUUUCCUCCUCUUCUCCUCCAGCAAAGGUUCAGCAGCAGCAUCUUCCUUCCUUCCUGGAACCCUUGCUUUUCCAUCAUUGGUCUUACCCUCCCUUUCACUUCUAUCUGUUGAUAAUAUUGCAGGUGCUGUAAACCCAGCCGCAGAUCUGUCCAAGAAGCUGGACCAUCCAGAAAGAGUUAACAUUCUGUUAUCUAUCUAUCUAUCUAUCUAUCUAUCUAUCUAUCUAUCGCAGUCUAUGUUCAUAUCUAUCUAUCUGUUGACAGUCUAUAUUCUAUCUAUCUAUCUAUUUUUUCUGUUCAUAUCUAUCUCCUCUCAGUUGUUUUUCAUAUCUAUCUAUCUAUCCUAUCUAUCUAUCUAUCUAUUCAUGUCUAUCUAUCUAUUAUCUAUCUAUGUCAGUCUGUUUUAUUCAUCUAUCUAUUUAUCUAUCUAUCUCAGUCUGUUCAUAUAUAUUCAAAAAUCUAUCUAUCUAUCUAUCUAUCUAUCUAUCUAUCUCAGUCUGUUGUUCAUAUAUUCAUCUAUCUAUCUAUCUAUCUCAGUCUGUAUCUUAUCUCAGUCAUCUAUCUAUCUAUCUAUCUAUCUAUCUAUCAAACCCCAGUUAUCUGUCUAUUUAUCUAUCUAUCUAUUGUCUAUCUAUCUAUCUAUCUAUCUAUCUAUCUAUAUCUCAGUCUGUUCAUACCAUCUAUCUAUCUAUCUAUCUAUCUAUCUAUCUAUCUAUCUCAGUCUGUUCAUUUCUAUCUAUGAUAGUCUUUCAUCAACCUAA